UCUACAUGCAGUCUUGUGCAAUAAUUUCCCCAGUGUUCAAAAGUAGUUUUACCGGAAAAAAGAUAAAAUUGCAGGUUUAAACAAUUUGAGGAUUGCUCCUCAUCGGAAAAAAGUGGUGCAAGUGUGGAAAGUAUCAAAGCGAAAUCCGACGCACAGUGCCACCCGACACAGACGACGACGACGGCGGUGGCGGUGGCAGUUAAUUGAAGCGCACUUUUUCAAGCAGUUGGAGUGAAAAUGGUCGACUCGCAGGAUCUGAUGGUCGCAUACAACGGGGAAAUUGAAGUCGCCAGCGACGAAGAGAUGUUCCCGCUCACGGGCAAUUCGCUGCAGCUGCAACAGCAACAUUCAGGUUACGAGCUCAAAGAUUUCGACAGUCAAACGAUCGAUCUGUUCAACAGUCAAACGUACGCCGAUGACGCAAGUAAGGUUCUCAAAUGUGGAGAUUUUGCCACCGGUUCCCAGGAGUUCGAGCUGCCCGUUUCGCUGAAAAGUCUCGGCAAUUUAGCUCCAGGUGAAGCGAUCGACUUGGAAAUUUAUGCAGCCGCCAUUGACAACAACCCACCGCCCACCAUUCUGGAUCAUCUCAAACAGUUCCCAUCGGUGGAGGUUAUGACCCUACCAGAUAUCAAUUUCCAAGUCAGUUUGCCAAGUGAGUCUAGCGACAAGACUAGCUGGAUGUACUCCGACAAGCUACGGAAACUGUUCGUUAAAAUGGGAAACACUUGCACGUUCAAUCUAUCGCUGUUGGCUUCUCCCGAGCGAACCACCACCGUUCGAACGAUGGUGAUCUGUUCCUCGCCGGAAGAUCGUCACAUUCCGGUUUCUCGAUGCGACAAUCACCGCUGCAGUGAUAAUCAGGAUAUACCCGAUCACAUCAAAACACACGUGAUUCGUUGCAAAAACGAACAGGUCAACUACACAGGCACCAAGGAUGGAAAAACCUUCGAAGAACGGCUGGCCAUUCUGGUUCCCAUGGACCAUUCUGCCAAGGGUGGCAUAACAUUAGAAUUCGUAUGUCAGAAUUCCUGUCGCAACAUUAACCGUCGUGCUACGGCACUGGUUUUCACAUUGGAAGACCAAAAUGGGCGCAUUCUCGGCCGACAGGUGUUCCAAAUCAAGAUCUGCACCAAUAUUAAACGAGACAAGCUAAACGAAGAGAAAACAGCCACGGAGGAAACCAUCCGAAAACGGAAGGCAGCGCAACCCUUGGAGAUGAAACGUGGCAAAAAGAUCAUGCGUUACCAUUCGGGAAUGCACAACCAAUCUCAGUCAUCCGGUGCCAUACAGAUCAAAGAGGAAACGGGAAGCCGGCGGUGCGAAAUUGAACCCGUUACGGUACAGAUCACAGUGCCCAACCGGCGGAUGGCCAAACGCAUGCUGGAGAAUGCUAUCGGGCUUGUUUCGACGGCCGUCGUGCGGUCUUCCAGCGAUACGGAACGGAACGACCUGAUGCCGUUCAUCCAUAACAUCCGUCGAAUUAAAUCUACCUUCGGUUUGCCCAACAGCCAAAGCAGCGUGGACAGCGAUUGAAGCGCAUUCCGGACGUCGCGACUUAGGUUUAUGUUUGUACGUUUUGUGAAAUUAUAAUUAUUUAUUUUUUUAAGAUCCUUAGAAUUAAGUUUAAAAGUAUUGGACAAAACUUACCUGAACCAUAUAUGUUAUUUUUAUAUAUUUUUUUUUUAUAAAGCUAACCAUUUGUAUGUAAAUGUGAAUAAUGCCAGUGAUUGAAACAAAUAUUUCAACCAGAUCAAAAUAUUG